GCCCCACACCUUUGAUUUUGCCUAUUAGAAGUGACACAGAGGAUCUUUGCUCCACUCUUUGCUAGUAUAAUUUCACUGAUUUAAGCAAGUUUAUACCUAAUAUUAAGAGGGGGAGAAUACUUACCUUUUUUAGGUUUGGAUUAAUUAUAUUUUUUUAAGAAGGGAAAGCAAACACAGCAAGCUGAGAUCUGCUCGGACCAUGUGAGCUCUUCAAGGAUUUACAAAGUUAAUGGAUGCAAAGUUGAUCUUACUAUGAGUCCUUUUUGGAGAGUUUGACGCUGCUACAAUUCUGUGUUUUCACACAAGUAUGCUUUUCAGAAUACUGACUUUGACUCUGAUUCUUCUGCAAGGCGCUUUGGUGGCCUCUGUUAAAUCCGAGAGCAGCCCCAGGAUUGUUCCCAUUAAAGCAUCCGAAGCUUCCCAGCCAUCUGAGACCUCGAGGUCCAGACAAAAGCGCUGCACCUGUUAUUCCUACACGGACAAAGAGUGCGUCUAUUACUGCCACCUGGAUAUCAUCUGGAUAAAUACUCCUGAGCGCACUGUGCCUUAUGGUAUGUCUAACUACAGAGGGCCAAAGAGAAGGAGACGUGAUGCUACUGCAAUAGUGGCUAAAGGUGAUCAGCCUCAGAUGCGACGCUGCAUAUGUGCUGUGACUGAUGCAGACCCUGGGUGCAGAAACUUUUGCCACUCAAGCCUGCAUCAGACUCAACCAGCCAGAAUCCUCCACAAAGACCCUGUCUUCGGAUGACACAACAGCAUCUAUAAAUCUGCUCCUCUUCCUUUUUCAAUGGAUUUUUUUAUCCCCUUGCCUUUACCCUGUGUUUGGCUCCUUGCCUCCCAGGUACAAACUGUGAAAAUGAAGAACUUCGGAGUUGCGCUCUGCCAACAUUCCGCAGCAUCAAAACUCUUGGAACAAGUUCCAUCAGGCCAACAGGUUUCAAGAAGUCCUCAGUAAAAUUUGAUGCAGACCCCCAGAGGCUAUUCCCCCUUUUUGAUUCAUUUUGAAAGAACCAAAGGAUCACUCUUAUAAUGAUAGAAAUACAAAACUAAUGACUGUUUAUGUCAAGCUUCAUCAGUUCAGUGCUUGGGUUUUGGUUUGUUUGUUGUCACCUGCAAAUUUCCGAAUUUGAAUAGUCUAAUAUGGAGUCAGAAAGGGGUCAAAAUGUUUGUAAAGAAAAAAUAGAAGUUGAUAUUUAAUGUCAAAUUUGAACCAUAUAAUGUGAGAAACUAAAAAAGCAAACAUAAGUUAAUAAGAAUUGAAUCUAGAUUCAGUUUAGUAUUCUAAUUACAAUGUUUGUUUUUUAUUGCAGUUUUAGAUAUAUAAAACUGCAAUAAAUAUAUAUUCAGAUUCAAAUCACUCUCUGACAGUUAGUUUCUGUAUUUAGUUUCAAAUUCAUCAGGAUUUUUGUUUUACUCUUUCAAAGCAGUUUUUUAGACCCCAAUCUGAAAUAUUUUCACUUUCAAAAUCUGAACAUGAAAAAAACUGAUUCGAAAGUGUAAAAAAAAUAAAAAAUCCUGAAACUGAAAAAGGAAUUUGAAGCUAAAAAAAGAAAUAUAAAUUGAAAGAAAGGGAUUUGAAUCUGAAAAUAUAAAACUGCAAUUGAAAAGAAGAAUAAAAAAAAUUUAAAGUGUAAUUAAAAUGCUAAACUGAAAUAUGAGGUUUUUUUUUCAAGCUGAGGGUAAGAAUUUUGAUUCAGUUCUUAUUAUUUUAUGUUUGCUUUUUUUAGCUUCUCAGAUUAUAAGGUAAAAAUAGGAAAUUCAAUGUCAGCUUAUAUUUUUUCUGUUUAUUCUUUCAGUUCAACUAGGAUUUAUAAGAUUACAAACAUUUUGACCCCUUUCUGACUCCAUAGACUAAGACCACCAUAUAAGCUUAUAACAGUAUAUAAGAAACUAUAUUCCAUAGAGAAGAGCCGCAGUGACGACUAAGGCCUCUGUACAUGGGCUGCACACUUUUAACAUUCCAUAGGGAAGACUAUAAAUGACAAAAAAAAAAUUACUAGAGCAUUAAGUUCAUGUAAACUCUUUUUUUUUUUU